GCCAAGGCACUCAGGAGGGAAAGGCAAAGCAGAGGCAGCCCAGGAGGCUCUCCUUUGGCAUUGCCCCCCUCUCCAUCCAGGAGGGCAGAGACCCCGGGCACAGGCUCAGCUCUUACUCAUUUCAGACUGGAGAUGGCAGAAAUCAGCUCCCAAGUAAAUAUCAAGGAAAAGAUCAAUGCAGUCCGGUCAGUUGUUCCCAACAAGAGCAAUAAUGAAAUAAUCCUGGUGCUCCAGCAAUUUGAUAACAACGUAAACAAGGCUGUACAAGCUUUUAUGGAUGGGAGUGCGCUUCAAGUGCUAAAAGAAUGGAAUAUGACAGGGAAAAAGAAGAACAGCAAAAGGAAAAGAAGUAAAUCUAAACAGCACCAUCUUAGCAAAGAUAUGAAAGAUAAAGAUGAAGGGGCAGAAAAGGUGUCCCUGGAAUCCCGAGAACUGAAUAGCUGCCAUCUGAAUGGAUGUGAUAAGAAUACUUUCCUGAAACCUGACAGUGAAAAAUCAACAGUAAUUACUCAAGAAGAAAAGAGUUUGGAAUACAAAGAGAGGGGAGAGACAAAAAACAGAAAGCUCAGUGAUCCAAAGGCAGAACAGAAGAAAGUAUCUAUAGUUGCAGACCAAAAAUAUAUAAAUAGCAUAGAGGUUCCUGAUGCUUCUCAACACUCCCACCAAUCCUCAUGUAAUAUUAGUAGACCGAAGUUCAGAACAUCCACUGCCAAGUCACCUGUCCCUGUAUCUCACCUUGAAAUAAAACCAGAAGACUCCGUCAAAAAAAGAGGUCCAAAUAUUGAAAAAUCUGUGAAAGAUCUUCAGCGCUGUACUGUUUCUCUGACAAGGUACCGCAUGAUGAUUAAAGAGGAGGUGGAUAGUUCUGUGAAGAAGAUCAAGGCCGCUUUUGCUGAAUUACAUAGCUGUAUAAUCGACAGAGAAGUGUCUUUAAUGGCAGAGGUUGACAAAGUUAAAGAAGAUGCCAUGGAAAUCUUAACUGCUCGUCAGAAAAAAGCUGAAGAACUGAAGAGAUUAACUGAUUUGGCUAGUCAGAUGGCAGAGAUGCAGUUGGCAGAAUUACGUGCUGAAAUUAAGCACUUUGUCAGUGAACGUAAAUAUGAUGAAGAACUGGGUAGAUCUGCCCGCUUUUCUUGUGAUAUUGAACAGUUGAAGACUCAGAUCCUGCAGUGUGGGGAAAUUUCUCACCCAAAGAACAACUAUUCCUCAAGAACACCCUCUAGCACACAGUCAGCAACUAUGCACGCAGCCACCAGUAUACAAAGUGCAUACAUCCGAAAAUCCUCUAGUCGUGCUUGUGCUAAGACUCCUGAUGGUAAAGCAGUAAUAGCCAAAGGCCUGAGCAAAGAUGUGACCAAUGCCACAGAAUCCUCUCCUCAGAUAAUUUCAACAAAUAAACAGAAUGGAUCUUCUAAUCAGAGACGAAGGUUCUACACACAAUACCAUGGCAUUCGAAUGAACGGAUCUGUCAAACCACAAAGUGCCGGUACUGAAUCAGAUCAGAACAACACAAAGGGAAGUUCCUGGCAUGAAUACAGAAGACCGCAUUACAGUAGUUAUAGGCCCAAAAAUAAAAGCACACUUAAAACCCAAGAGCAGUCUUCAUCUGCAAAAAACACGGAAAAUCUAUUGUAUCCAGAAAAGACGCGGCGAAAGCAUCCUACGCCAGGCCCAAUGGAGUCUAGAUCUUUAUGCAGCAGUAUUACUACUGUUUCUCAGUGCAAUUUAUGCCCCUCAAGAAUAGAGACUUCUGCAGAUGCUCCUGUCCUUUCAGUCCCAGCUGUGACUUUGGUGGCAUGAACGGUGGGAUACAUGGAAGGGCAAAUGUAAUGCAUUUUCAUCUUGCAUUCCUCAGUAAAGGUGCUUUCCCUCUCCCACACCCCAAACUAUUGGCAAAAAUACUUUGUCAAAAAUUUCUACAAUUGUGGUAAACAAAACUUAACAAAUGUUUCUUAACCAUAAUAAUGUCAUAUCAUAUUUCGUACUUUGAAAGUUUUGCUCAGUAUAGUCAAAUUAUUGUGUGUUUUUUAAAAUAACAAUACAGCUUUUAGCUAGUCAUUACUUAGCAGAACAAUCAAAAUGAUGUUGAGAAAUAAACUUCAGGAGGAUGUCAAUAUCAAUUUAA